AUGAAUGACAAUGUUCUUCAGUUGUCAAACUGUACAUUUGAUGCUCACUUUGAAGACAUUAAUGCUGCACUUGCUCGAGGUGCUCAAUUAAGUUUGCUCAAGCCAGGUGGUCAACUUAAUUUUGACUAUUUGACAAAGACCAUUGAUAGCAAGGAGGUGACUUAUAUCGGUGCAGUCCCAUCAUGGUUAAGUGCUAUGGGCAAAUUUCUCAAAGAGAAUAGCCAGUUUCAAGGACGAAUGAGAAAAGUGCGCAUCUGGUAUCUUGGAGGUGAACAAUUACUCAGUUCAAUGAUUGCACAAGUAUUACCAUUCAUUGGCGAACAGAGCCGUAUAUUGAACGGCUAUGGACCAGCAGAGACUACGAUCGCAGCUAUUUCUUAUGAGGUUCAUCGUGAACAACUUUGUCAAAUGACUUCAAUACCCAUCGGUCGUCCAUUGGAUGGUUAUCGUAUUUAUCUACUCGAUGAAUACCGUCAACCUGUGCCGUUUGGACAACAGGGUGAAAUUAUGAUAGGAGGUGUUGGUGUUUUUGUUGGCUACCAUGAGAGAGCUGAUUUGACGGCGAAAAGUCUGAUCGAUAUCAAUGGCGAACUGUACUAUGCGACGGGUGAUUUAGCUCGAUUUGAUGUUAAAUUGGGUGAACUCUUUUUCAUUGGUCGACGAGAUUAUCAAGUAAAAAUACGUGGCCAACGAGUCGAAUUAUCGACUAUCGAAUCUGUUAUUCUUCGGUCUUCCUCAUAUAUUAUGAAUUGCAUGGUUCUAAAAGAAGGUUCUGAAGCGGAUAGUUACUUAACGGCUUAUAUUCAUGUUACGGAGCGGAGCCAUGUGAGUGAGCUUCGAAAUGAAAUCAAAACCAUUUGUCAGUCCCAGUUACCAUCGUACAUGGUCCCUUCAAAAUGGCUAUUAGUUUCCGAGUUUCCUCUUAACUCAAACAAUAAAGUAGAUCGGAAAAGACUAAUGGAACUUGAUGCAUUUAUGGACUCAUCAUCCGAUGAUGAGUCGUUUUUGCUAUCACCGUUAGAGAAAAAGUUACAAGAUAUUUUUAUUCGAACAUUGCAGUUGAAAAAAGCGCCAGAUGUGCGAAUGCCAUUCGGACAGCUCGGUGGUACAUCUUUAGGUGCUAUGCAUGCACUAAUGUUCAUUCGAGAGGAAUUGUACGAUAGAAUGGAUAUUAGCGUGCUGUUUGCAAAUCCUUCAGUGCGAGAAUUAGCUGUAGCUUUGGACCUACUUCUUAGCAAGGCUCAAUAUGAAGAAGAAGAACAAGAGAAAGGUGAAGAGGAUUUUUCAAUACGACCUAGAUCAUCCUGGUUUGUCGAAACGGUUGGCAUUCUUCUUCUGGCAUUUCAAUGGCUAUUACCUAUCUUCGUAGCAGCUCGAUUAGAUUUCAAUGUCAUAGCAUUGUUAUUAGUUCCAUUCAUUCAUUUAUUGCAAUAUCCCAUCUUCAUGAAACUAUUUGGUGGCCCACUUUCACGUGGUCGUGAUACGCUCUACUCGUGGCGUUACUAUCAUUUGUGGUUUCUAAGACGUCAAUGGAAGCUGAACAGUUAUUGGCUAGGUCAUUUACUGGGUACUCGACUUUACAAUAGUUAUCUUAGCCUGUGUGGUGCUCGUAUUACUGAUGGGGCUCACAUUUACACAACGCAAAUAGAUGCACCUUGGUUACUGGAAGUGGGAGACGCUACAUAUAUUGGUGAUGAAGUUGUUCUCUCCUCCUUAACAUAUCAUGAUCGUAUUUAUGAUUUACAUGAAGUUUAUAUCGGUUCACAUUGUUCAAUUGGAGCACGAUGUGUUCUUCACGAUGGAGUACGGAUGCAUGAUGGAGUACUUAUCGAACCAUCAACAAAUAUCACCGGUCAACUUUUCGGAAAAGAUCAAGAGACACCAUCGUCAUCGUGCACAUUGAGUUACACUCAAUCUUUCUUCCAACUUGCCUCGAUCUAUGCAAUGAUUCACAUGCAGAUAUUAGCUUUAAAGCUCAGCUGGUACGGUGCGGAAAGGCUACCUAUGUAUUUGAAUCUGCCAGUGUUGUGGCUCACGUGGGCUGUGUUUGGCACCCUUAUCGGUCUUCUUCUUCUUCGAUACGUUGUUGGCCAUGUGUUAGAAGUUUUCUCCGAAUCAUUGAACUCUUGGAAUUAUCUUCGCUGUUUCUGGCUGCGUCGUCUUGUUGUCAAUUCAUUUGGUCCCUGUUUCUCAGCUAUUUUGGACACAAAUUGUUGGAUUCUUUCAUCAGCUCUUCGUUGGCUGGGUGCUUCAUUAGAGCAUAACAAUAUUGAAAUUGUGAACUCCGUCAAUGUUUUAGCAGCGCCAUCAAAUCUCCUUUUCAUCGAAAAGGAUGUCACAAUCACAUCGGAUGUGUGCUUUUUGCCCUAUGACGUCACAAUUGAGGGUCAAUGUGUCGUCAAUGGUCCUAUUCGUAUUGGUUCUCGAUCAUUUCUUGGCGACAGUUGUAUCAUUCGGUCUGGUGUGAACCUUCCGGAAGACAUAUUCAUCAGUUCUUCAGCACGAAUUGACUUAAACACGUUUAACCUAAAGAAAUGUAAGUAA